CUAGAAAGCUGAAAUAAGAUGGCGGAGCUCACUGAAUGGUUCUACCAAGUUGGAGAGACCUUGCUUGGUCUACAGUCAUUCCCUGUUAUGGUCAUAUACCUCAUCCUCGUCGCUUUGUCGCCAUUCUACCAAAGAAUAACCAAACCAUAUUCUCUCCGACAGACCAUGGUGGUGUAUAACUUUACCUGUAGUUUCAUCAGUGCAUGUACUAUGUUUGGUGCUGUGGCGGGAAUGAUUGCAGCAGGGUCCAUCUUUCAGAAAGAGAGCAACGACUUGCUUAAAAACAGUUUCUUCCUGUACUGGUGCAGCAAGCAUCUAGAGCUUCUGGACACUUUGUUCAUGAUCUUACGCCACAGGAGCCGUCAGAUCUCUUUCCUCCACGUCUACCACCACGCCAGCAUGGUCCUCCUCUCCGACUACGGCUACCAUCACUUCCCGACACCCGGUGUCGCUUUCGGUCUCUCCAUCAACGCAUUCGUUCACGUCUGUCUCUACUUCUACUACGGCUACACGGCACAGAGGCCUCUCGGCAGUGGCGCCCCGAGUUGGAAGCGACACCUAACUGAGAUCCAAAUCACGCAGUUCGUCGUCGAUCUGGUGCAUGCUGUCAUUGGCUACCUCUUUCAUGGGUUCUGCGUUUAUUGCUUGAUGUACGGUGCUACCAUGUUGUAUUUAUUCUCAUCUUUUUAUUACCAUGCCUAUGUGAGAAAACGUAAAGGAGAAUAAAGAUAUAAUUCUAAUUAUCACUU